AUGGUUAAGAUCGAAGCUCCAUUUUUGGGCGUCAAGGGACGUACGUACAUAAAUACACGCGGCUGGGAAUCGAAGGGCGAAAGUGUACUCGUGGGAAAAGACAGCGGAGAGAAGGACAACGGCACAGGGUUGCGCGGAAAGAAUGGCCGAGGGGGUGGCUGCUGUGCGCGCGCGCUCCCUCAUAUAUGCGAGGAAAAAGUUAGGGGUGGCUGUGGCGGUGGCGGUGGCGGUGGCGGUGGCGGUGGCGGUGGCGGUAGCGGUGGUGGCAGUGGCAGUGGCAGCGGCAGCGGCGGUGGCGGCGGUAGUGGCAGCGGCGGUUGA